AUGAGCCAACCUGAAAAGGGCCUCCAAAGGGGGCAUAGCAAGAACAAGUCGUCUGUUUCGCGCUCCCAGCUCCCCCAACGCACAAAAUCCCAGAACCGUCAAUCAACCAGCUCCCCUAUCCCUCAAGUAGGCGAAUCCCGCCCCAAGGACUUCUCAUUCCUUCUCCGCCCCGAGAUCUACCAUCCUCUCACGCCGCUCAACGUCCCAGUCGCAUUCCGCAAUUCCCCAAAGCAGCCUGAUCCUGCGACGCCCCUAGAACAACUUCUCGCAAGGGGACACUUUCGCGCCGCAGCCAUCGCGUCCGUCCAGGAACUAACUGGCUCUGGGGCCCGCGGAGCCGUAGACCCGACUGAUUCACAGCGCAUCUUCACCCUCCUCUACACCCGGCUUGUUUGCCUGACGCUUAUCGACGCCACCCCGCUGGCAGCUCAAGAAGUGAAAGCGCUGGAAGAUUUAAGCAAUGUACGGACCUACGUCGAUGACAAGACGGGCGAACACCUCGUUCCCUGGGAACUGCGGGUGCUUAACGUGCGAUUGCAGGCUCUUGGAUUCGGGGACCCACGACGGGCCGUCAUGAGUUAUCACGACUUGGCGAGAGAGGCGCGUGAGAACAUUGGCAGAGCUAUGGCAAAGCACGAUAAUUCCUCAAGUGAGCUGUGGAAAGCCCGUCUUCAUGAAUUGGGAGUCAAGGUUGCGGGUGCGCUCAUCGACAUGGAUGAUCUUUCCGGGGCCGCUCACCAUCUGAAGAGUCUGAGAGACAAAGGCGACGGCAAGAACGCGCUGUCAAAGGCCCUUCUGUGGCUGCACAUCGGUGAUGUGGACAAGGCGCGAGACUGCGCGGCACAGUGUUCCAGCAAUGCAGCCGAGACAGAGAAGCUCAUCCUGGCCCUAUGCGAAAUGGCAGACGGCGAUUAUGAAUCUGCCUUGACGAGAUGGCAGGGCCUGCGGGAAGACAUGCCUGACGACGAGAUGGUUGGCGUCAACACGGCAGGGCGCGAUAUCCUCGAAGGCCUGAUCGAGUCGGGCUUCUCAUCACACACCCUGCUGUUCAACCUGUCCACCAUGUACGAACUAUGCACUGAAAAGCACCGCAAUCUCAAGAUGAAGCUCGCAGAGCGGGUGGCAGGGAUGGACGAGUCGCCGGCAGGAUGGGAAAAGUUGAACACCGACUUUAAGCUAUAA